CCGUAUUCCCGAGCGUCAUACUAAUAUAUACUUUUGUUAUUUACACCACCUGUCCUCGUCUGUUGUUAUUUUUUGUAUAUUCUCCCAUAUAUAUAUACACACACUUACGCGCGCGUGCAUGUAUGGAAUACGCAACUAUUUUGAGUUGAUCAAAAACAGGGAAUACUCAUCGUUGAAAUAGAUGGAAAAUUCAUUUACUGUUAUGUUUAUGUGUGUGUUUGGGAAAUAGUUUUGUGAGUUAUAAACGAAUGAGAUCAUGCCAGUCAACUGUCUAAUUUGCCUGUUCCUUUAAAGGAUUCUACUGGAUUGUAUUAUUUUGGAGUCAAAGUGCGUGGGUUGUUAUUCGUGCAGUACGAAAUAAAUGUCUUUCAAUACAUCAAAGAAGCAUUGUGUGCGUGUUUUGGUGUUUGUUCUCUACCGCCACCGCUUGACAACCGGUGUUGAUUUAUUUACGUCCCCGUGAAAGCGGUUCGGCAUGUAAGAUUGGUAGAAUGAGUAUCAGGCUUUAAUAAAAUGAGGACUUGGAUCAAUUUGACUGAAACCCUUCGAGGCAGUGGCUCAGCGUGGUCGCACUCCAAUGAUAAAAAAGCAAAAGAUAAAAGAUACAGAGUCGUUUCGUCACAAGAAGAAGCAUCUAUAUGGUCGUUCAAUCUGUUGGAAAUAGCAACUGAAUCUUCGUUAAAUCACAAUUUACCACUUUAAGAAAAGUGCUUAUUGGCCAAUACGGUACUCAGUCGAGUAUUUCCCUGGUGGAGUUAAAGCUAGAAAAGCGAAAUAUGCUAUAAUUCUCAUUGUUAUUAAUUUUUUUAUCGGUUAGUUUGUUCUGUACUUCCGGUCGUCCACACCAUUUCUGUAUUGGGACUUCUUCAUGUUUCUACUGCUUCGUUAUUUCAGACAUCAUCCUGAAAUAUAAGUACAUGUGUGAUAGCAGCAAAUGUUGGGUAUUUAAGAAAUAUAAAGAAGGGGUAUGUUUUUGUUUAAGCUUCAGAAAUAGAAACUAGUAUGUUGAGGAAAUGUUUUCGAAAAGAAGAAAAACAUCAAAAACAAGUGUUUCUGGAAUAAUAAAUCAACUGUUAAGUUCUUUGUUUCUCUGAGGAUAUAUGUAAACAUGCACUUUUGAAUGAAAUAGAUGUUUUGAUUAUAUAAACUGGAGAAUAUUGCUUAAUAUUAUACUUCUGUGAAUUUCAAAGUAUGGCAGCAGAAAUGGUCCACAAAGACAAAAGAUCAUAUAAUUGUGAAAUAUGUGGGAAAACAUUCUCAGCUAAUAGUAGUUUAAAGAGGCAUAAAAUGAUUCAUGCAGAUGAGAAACCUUUCCACUGUGAUAUUUGUGGUAAAGCAUUUUCACAGAACUAUAAUUUAUGGAAGCAUAAAUUAAUACACACAGGUGAAAAACCACACCAGUGUGAGAUUUGUGGUAAAGCUUUUUUAUUGAGUGGUCAUUUAAAGAGACAUGAAAUGAUCCAUACCGGAGAGAAACCUUACCAGUGUGAUAUUUGUGGUAAAGCCUUCUCACUGAGUUGUAAUUUAAGGAGUCAUAAGAUGACUCAUACAGGGGAGCGUCCAUACCAGUGUGAAAUCUGUGCCAAAGCAUUCUCGUCUAAUAGUGCUUUAACAAAACAUGUAUUAAUCCACACGGGGGAGAAACCAUACCAAUGUGAUAUUUGUGGUCGAGCAUUCUCUCGUAGUGGUCACUUAAAAACACAUGAAUUGGUUCAUACUGGAGAAAAACCAUUUUAUUGUGAGAUUUGUGGUAAAACAUUUUCAUUAAAAGGUAACUUGAGGAAGCAUGCACUCACUCAUACAGAGAAACCAUCUCAAUGUGAUGUUUGUGGUGAAUCAUUCUCAUCUAAUAUUGACUUAAGAAAUCAUAAAAAAAUUCACAAAAAACCCAAAAUCUACCAGUGUGAAAUUUGUGCUAAAAUAUUUUCGUGUAAUAAAAGCUUAAAGAAGCAUGAAAUAUUACAUACAGAACAGAAGGUUUAUCAAUGUGAUAUUUGUGAUAAAACAUUCUCAAGGAAAGAAUUUGUUGUGAUACAUAAAACAGUUCAUACAGGAGAGGAAGCACACCAGUGUGAAAUUUGUGGUAAAACGUUUUCAUCUACUGAUGUUUUAAGCAAGCAUAGUCAGUCGCAUUUAGAAGAGAAACCAUAUCAGUGUGAGUUUUGUGGCAAAACAUUCUCAUAUAAUUGUGACUUCUUAAAGCAUGAAAUGGUUCAUACUGGAGAAAGACCAUUCCCUUGUGAUGUUUGUGGAAAAGCAUUUGCACAAAGUUCUACCUUGAAAAAACAUAAAUUGGUUCAUACAGGAGAGAAACCAUUCCCUUGUGUAAUUUGUGGUAAAGCAUUCUCGUGUAAAAGUAACUUAAAUAGACACUCUGCUAUUCACAUUAAAUAAAUGAUAUCACAAUGAGAAUUAUCGUGAAAUAUAUAUGAAAUGUAAGAUUUUCAGUGUAGCAGUGAACUAACUGGAUGGAAUGGACAGAAUAAUGAAGGAAUUUUUAAAAUAAAAUUUAAGACCAAAGAAAAUGUGUGAAAGUAUUUUCAUAUUUUUAACAGUAAUUUUUCGUGAUUGGCACAGGAACUGUUUUUUACUUGGGAAAUGAAAUUUUUAAAAAGCUGUAGAAUUUAAAGCAAUCAUACCUACAGUCAACUCUAUUGGAUGUAAUGCCAAUGUAAAUAACAAAGAAAAAUUGUAAAAUGUUGCACCUCUGUAUACACCAAAAUAUUAAAGAAGAACUGGCUUGUAAAAGUAAAAGAUCAUACAAUUGUGAGAUGUGUGGUAGUCUCUGGUAGUUGUAGUUUAAGAAGACAUAAAAUGAUUCACACUGGUGGAAAACAUUUCCAAUGUAAGAUUUAUGGUAAGACAUUGUUAAUGAAAUGCAAUUUACUGAAGUAUAAAUUAUCACAUACAUAUGAAAAGCCAUAUCAAUGUGGGAUUUGUGAAGAAGGUUUCUUACUGAGUGGUCACCUAAAAGAGACAUGAAAUGAUCCACACAAGUGAAAAACCAUGCCAAUGUGAGAUUUGUAGUAAAGCCUUUUCAUGGACUGGUCACUUAAAGACACACAUACUCGUUCAUAUAGGAAUAAAAUCAUACCAUUGAAAUUUGUGAUGAAGCAUUCUCAUUAAGUUGGAACUUCAGAAGUCACAAACUGACACAUGAAGACAAACAUCCAUACCAUUGUGAAAUCUGUUGUAAAGAAUUGUUGUCUAAUAUUGCCUUAGAAAUACACAUCUUGGUUCAUACAGAAAAGAAAUCAUACCAUUGUGAUAUUUGUUCUAAACAUUUUCUUUAAAAUGUAAUUUAACAAAGCAUACACUAACUCACACAAGAGAGAAAUAUGAUAUUUAUGGUAAAUAUUUUCAGUGUAAUAUUGAAUUGAAGAACCAUAAAAAAUAUUCAUAGUAAAGAGAGGAUCAAUGAAGAUGAAAUUUAAAUCAAAGUGUUCUAAUACACAAAGAAUUUGUUUAGACAAUGGCAUAUGCCAAUGAAAAAACUUUGGCUAGUAAAACUCAUUGAAAGAAUUCAUUUAAAAUCCAAAGUGGUUCACACUGGAGAUCAGUUGUCUAGAAAAGCAUUCAUUAAAUAAUGCUGCAUAACACAGAAAUCACAGUAAUGAGGAAUUUGUGAUAAAAUAUUUUCAUUUCUCAUUAGCUUAAAGGAGAAACUAUGUGAUUUUUUUAUAAUGUUGAAGAGCGUAGGCUCGAAACAUUAAAGACUUUUUCACUUCCCGAGCGUUAUACUAAUACAUCUGUUUGUUGUCUACAG